AUGCAACCAGGGCAACUGGACUGGAAUGGACUGGACCGUGCGACGAUAGUGUAUGUGGUGGAACAGCAUACCAUCGACAAAAUAUCAGCGAUCACGAAAAAAGCGAGUGAUAUCAGAUGUCUCAACUUCCCUCCAUCCAAUGGCCACGGGAGUAGAAUCCUAUCGACAGAAUCAACUAUAACCAUUCCCCAGGAGAGGAAUGGAUCGAAUGUGAUCACCAUAAACAAAAAGCGCGGCAACAAAAACGGGGCAAACUGCACUGCGAUAUCUUGGUUUCUGUCAGCCACAAACAACUAUUGUGACCUAUCCUCCAGCUUUCAUUUCCUCGGGUCACAGGAUACCUUGAUCAAAUAUUCCAUUGAGACCGGCCGCGAAGUUGAUACGUAUCCCACAGUGCACGAAAAAAACGGGAUGACAUCAGAGCUACCGGGAUCCUAG